AUGGUGAAUGUUUUCAACGUCCAGAUUUUCUUUAUCGUUUUCAGAGAGUGUUUGGAAGCGGUUGUCGUCGUUUCUGUUUUAUUGGCAUUCUUGAAACAAGGUAUCGGUAAAGCCACAGAUGACCCCAAAGUUUAUAAAAAGUUACGAAAUCAAGUUUGGUAUGGAGCAGGGCUAGGUGUCAUUAUUUGUCUUAUUAUUGGUGCUAUUUUCAUUGCGUUGUUCUAUACCUUGGGUAAUGAUAUCUGGUCUUCCUCGGAAGAUUUAUGGGAAGGUAUUUUCUGUAUUAUUGCUACUGUCUUGAUUUCAUUGAUGGGUGUUGCCAUGUUGCGUAUCAAUAAGAUGAAAGAGAAAUGGAGAGUCAAGUUGGCCCAAGCAUUGACAAAGGUUCCCGAUAAGAAGAAAGACAGAUUCAAGAUUGGUUACUUGACUAAAAAGUACUGUAUGUUCAUUUUGCCAUGUAUCACCUGUCUUAGAGAAGGUUUGGAAGCCAUUGUUUUCGUAGGUGGUGUUGGAUUGAACUCACCAGCUACUGCCUUUCCAAUCCCAGUCAUUUGUGGUUUGAUCGCUGGUAUUGUUGUUGGUGGGAUUUUGUAUUACUCUGGUUCGACAGUUUCUUUGCAAGUAUUCUUGAUCAUUUCCACGGGUAUUUUGUACUUGAUCGCAGCCGGUUUGUUUUCAAGAGGUAUUUGGUACUUUGAGUCCCAUGUGUUUAACAACCAAACUGGUGGUGAUGCUUCGGAGAAUGGAUCUGGUCCAGGUACUUACGACAUUGCCAAGACAGUGUGGCACGUCAAUUGCUGCAACCCAGAAAUAGACAAUGGUUGGGAUGUGUUCAAUGCACUUUUGGGUUGGCAAAACACUGCCACUUAUGGCUCGGUCCUUUCAUACAAUAUGUAUUGGCUUGCAGUGAUUGUCGCUUUGUUCUUGAUGCUUUAUGAAGAAAAAUUUGGCCACUUGCCUUUCUUGAAAGGUAUUACUUUGCGUUCAUUGAAUCCAAUGUAUCACAUCAAGAACAAGAAGAAGCAUGAGUUAUCAGCAGAGGAGAAAGAAAAAUUGUUCAAUGAUUUGAGGAAUACGAGAUUUGGAGUAGAUGACGAAGAGGAAGAAAGAAACGGUGAAGCUAUUGCCGGAGAUUCUGAUGAUGUUGACGAGGUCAAGAAUGAAACUGUUAGAGUAAGUGGAGAAAAGGGAGAACACAAGAUAAGCGGAACUGCUUAG